GUUCUCUCUCAACUAACCGACAACUCCCCGAAGGAGUCGCAGGAAGAGGGAGGAGACCCUUCACUCCCUUCUCCUCGUGCUUCGACUUCUGCCGUUCCUGAUUGGUCGAAGGUGGCCGUCACUCUUCCCAAAGCACAGUUUACAACCGGCGCAAACGCGGUAGAGCCCAAGCGCCUCGUGCCGGUCGCAGUGAGAGGGUGUGGUAGUCGCCUCGUUCUUUAGACUGGCUGUUUUGCCGAGCGUGGCUUUUACCCCCGAAGCGAUAUUGCACUGGACAAUUGGAACACAGGGGAAUUCCUUUAAUGCAUCAUUUCUGUUGAAAGUUUUCAAACAGCACUGUUCAGUCUGGUUUUUUUAAUUAUAAUCUGAAGGCUUAAGGGUACAGUUUUAAUCAAUUGCAGAGAAGUACAGUCUUGUUUGUUUUCUGAAGACUUCACAGCUAUGAUUGAAGAACACAGUGAUGUAACAAAUGGGUGCAGCAAAGUUCGAACUGGUACUCAGAAUGAAGCUGCAUUAUUGGCUCUUAUGGAAAAGACUGGUUACAACAUGGUUCAAGAAAAUGGUCAACGAAAAUUUGGUGGGCCUCCACCAGGCUGGGAUGGCCCACCACCACCUCGAGGUUGUGAAGUUUUUGUGGGAAAGAUUCCACGUGAUAUGUAUGAAGAUGAAUUGGUUCCUGUAUUUGAAAGAGCAGGGAAGAUCUAUGAAUUCAGACUGAUGAUGGAGUUUAGUGGUGAGAAUAGAGGAUAUGCAUUUGUAAUGUAUACAACUAAAGAAGAAGCUCAACUUGCCAUCAGGAUCCUUAAUAAUUAUGAGAUUCGUCCUGGGAAAUUUAUUGGUGUUUGUGUAAGCUUGGAUAACUGCAGACUAUUUAUAGGAGCUAUUCCAAAAGAAAAGAAAAAAGAAGAGAUCUUGGAUGAAAUGAAGAAAGUCACUGAAGGUGUAAUAGAUGUUAUUGUGUAUCCAAGUGCAACAGACAAAACAAAGAAUCGUGGUUUUGCCUUUGUAGAAUAUGAAUCUCACAGAGCUGCAGCUAUGGCAAGGAGAAAAUUAAUUCCAGGGACAUUCCAGUUAUGGGGCCAUACUAUUCAGGUAGAUUGGGCAGACCCAGAAAAAGAAGUUGAUGAAGAAACAAUGCAAAGGGUCAAAGUAUUAUAUGUUAGAAACUUGAUGAUUUCUACUACAGAAGAAACUAUUAAAGCUGAAUUCAACAAAUUUAAACCAGGAGCUGUUGAACGUGUAAAAAAACUUCGAGAUUACGCAUUUGUUCAUUUUUUUAACCGAGAUGAUGCAGUUGCUGCUAUGUCAGUCAUGAAUGGAAAGUGUAUUGAUGGAGCUAGUAUUGAAGUAACAUUGGCAAAACCAGUAAACAAAGAGGGCACUUGGAGGCAGCAUCUUAACGGGCAAAUUAGUCCCAAUUCUGAAAAUCUUCUAGUGUUUGCAAACAAAGAAGAUCAUCAAAAAUCCCUAGCAAAGCCAACAAGUCUUCCAAUCCAAUUUAAUGGACAGCACAGUCCAAGUCCCCCUGAAAUGGAAAGGUGUACUUACCCAUUUUUUUCAGGAGCAAAACUUACUCCAAUUAGCAUGUAUUCAUUAAAAUCUAACCAUUUUAGCUCUGCAGUAAUGCAAUUAGAUUAUUACUGCAACAAGAAUAACUGGGUGCCUCCAGAAUAUUACUUGUAUUCAACCACAAGUCAAGAUGGAAAGAUACUGCUAGUGUAUAAGGUUGUUAUUCCUGCUGUUGCAAAUGGAUCCCAGAAUUAUUUUAUGCCCGACAAACUGUGCACAACAGUAGAAGAUGCAAAAGAAUUAGCAGCACAGUUUGCACUGCUGCAUUUGGAUUACAAUUUCCGUCGAAGUUCAGUAAAUAGCAUUUCUCCUGUUAGUGCUACUCUGUCUUCAGGGACAAGUGUGCUACCGUAUACAUCAAGACCUUAUUCUUAUCCAAGUUAUCCUUUGUCAUCAACAGUUCCACUUGCUAAUAGCAACCAUGUUGGACAGCGUCUGUAUAUCUCCAAUCAGGCCUCAUUCUUUUGAGGAACAGGGGGGAAACGUGAAUGAUAUUCAUUUUCUUUUAAAUUUUAAGUUUAAGUCGGAUCUACACCAUAGUUUCGAUGAGUUAAAUAUUCAUUUUUAGAGAUUGGUUAUAUAUUUGCUGAAUACGUGUGAAGAUAAAGUUCCAGAUGUAUUUUCACUUAGCCAGAGUGGAAUUCUUCCCAAAUGUGAUAGCAUUUUAUUAUUUCUUGUCUAAAUGUAAAUAAUUACCUUGCUGAAUAUGAUCUUUAACAUAUUUUAAGUGCAUGCAAAUGUUGGUUGUAAUCUUGUUACCAAGGAUCACUCCUUUUUUUUUAAGAUGAAAAACAUUAUUUAGCCAAAAUAAGCAGUGUAUUAUGUAGGAAAGAAAUGGAAAUAACAUUUUAAAACCAAACACUUUUUAACUUCAAAUGAAAGAUUUAUUGUGAUUCUUGUAAAUCACUUUGCAUAUUUUAGUUGCAUGGUAAAUAUUUGUUUUAUUAAUAAUUAUAAAUUAUUUUUGUGUUAAUUUAUUACUGUUUAAAUUGUUCAGCUUCAUUUGUUAACGGUGUUCUAUUUGGUGUUGCCAUGUUUUAAGGUUCAUAUCAUGUGUUUAAUUCCAUAAUUGAAUACAAAGAUUUUGCCAUUAAAUUCUUACUGUGUAAAAUA